ACACGUCAAUAAUAAUAAUGUAGCGUGUAGUCGUGUGCUGUUUCUGUUCUCACAUGUUUUGUAAAUCAGGAUCAAUGUGUUUUUACACAUUCAAUCUUCAGGUUGGAUUAAGUCCCUGAAGCAGCAGGUUCCGAACAACAUGAGCUCCAGUGAUUAGUGUCGAGUCACAUGACUCACAUGGAUUAGAGGAGGCAGCUCAGGUUCACAUCACUGGAACCAGUUCACUGUCAUGGCCUCCAUUAACAGGACCGCAGUUGAAGCUGAUGAGAUGAGGAGGUUGGGAAAGAGGUUUAGGAAACUGGACCUUGAUAACUCGGGGUCUCUGAGUGUGGAGAAGUUCAUGUCUCUACCUGAGCUGCAGCAAAAUCCACUGGUUCAGAGAGUCAUCGACAUAUUCGACACAGAUGGAGACGGGGAAGUCGACCUUGAAGAGUUCAUCGAAGGAGUCUCACAGUUCAGUGUCAGAGGGGAAGAGGAGCAGAAGCUACGUUUCGCUUUCAGGAUCUACGACAUGGACAAAGACAGCUACAUUUCCAACGGAGAGCUCUUCCAGGUCCUCAAGAUGAUGGUGGGAAACAACCUGAAGGACACGCAGCUCCAGCAGAUCGUCGACAAAACCAUCGUCAACGCUGACAAAGACGCAGACGGCAGAAUAUCCUUCGAGGAGUUCUGUACGGUUGUCGGGGGACUGGACAUUCACAAGAAGAUGGUGGUGGAGGUCUGACCGUUUUUCUGAUCUGCUUGAAUCACCGUCCUGCGCCCGCCAGGAUCCUUCUGAAACGUUUUCCACCAAUCACCCAACAGGAAGUAGUCACUGAACUGAUGACGUCACUGUGUCAGCUGACGAUUGGUUCUUUGACGCAAAGCAGGCGUUUCCCCAGAAUCUGUCGUUCAUGAAGGUUCCUGAAUUUAAUCUGAAGCUUUUUACAGAAACCAGAGGUGAGAAGAACAAAAAUCUGCUGAUACAUUUUUUAAUUCUUUUUUUCUCUCCUGCUCUGGCGACACCUAGUGGCUGGAGGCACUUAGGAUUGUUCGUGUCUCGUUGUUGUGAAUAUGAAAAUCAAACAUUUCUUCAAAUUUAGCAAAAAUAUCUACUUCUGUGUAAAGAUGAACUGAUGAGACUUCAGAGGUCAAAGGCCACAGCAACUUAUUAUAAUAUGAAAUGUAUAUCAUACUUUUAGAUAUUGGAGUAACGAUAUUCUUUCAUAACUAAACAUCAAACAGAUGUUUUUGUAAUUUUAUCAUCUUGUUCUGAUUCAAUUUACUUUCUUCACUCUGAUAUUUGUAUUGUUGUUAUGAACGUGAUAUUUUAGAGCAAUCUUUACUUGGAACAAGGUGCAAAGAAAAAGUAUUCAGAAGAAUAUCCAUCUGUCUGUCUGUCCAUCUGUCUGUCUGUCUACCUGUCUGUCUGUCUGUCUCUCUCUACCUGUCUGUCUGUCUGUCUGUCUGUCUGUCU